AUGAAUGAACUGGACGCAUCACCUGCAGAAGAAACAGAUCUACUUAUCAAAUAUCUUGGUGCGGAAUCAUCCAAAUAUGCCAUAAGCAUCAAAACGGCAAAUGCCCAUGAGCCGAGCUAUGCUAGGGACGAAAUUUGGAUUCGCCUUGAAGAAAUGUAUGGAAGGCCAGAGUUGGUUGAGGUUUCUAUCAAAAAGAAAUUGAAUAGUUUCACAAAAAUAUCAAAAGACUACAAAAGGCUCUACGACCUGUUAGACAUUUUGUGUGAGAUCCAAUAUCUAAAAGCUAAUCCUGUGUACACAAUGAUGUUUUCAUAUUUCGAUUCAUCGUCCGGAGUGAAUCCCAUAGUUUCCAAACUACCAUACAACCUACAGGAUAAAUGGACAAAUAGAGCAUCUCAGUACAAACACAACCACCAAGUUAUGUUUCCACCGUUCAGCUUCUUUGUGAAUUUUGUGAGGGAAAUAAGCAGAACCAAAAACGAUCCAGCCUUCCAAUACAAGUGUGAACAAAAGCCUGAAAUUUCCAAACCAUUUAAAGUAUUUGCAAGAAAAACUGAAGAAGUCCAAUCUCUACCCAAAGAAAAGGAAACCAACACUGAUCAAAAUGCAGUUACCAUAAAACGUUGCCCUAUACACAAUGCACAGCACUCCUUGUUGCAAUGUAGAACAUUUCUUCAAAAAACAUUGGAAGAGAAAAAACGAUUUGUUAGAGAGAAGAACAUUUGUUUCAAGUGUUUAGAUUCAGUUAAACACUACGCAAGGGACUUUCGAGUUGCCGUGAAAUGCUCCAUUUGUGGAAAAGGUCACGUUGCGGCACUUCACGGCGGGGAGACGCAGAACAAACAGGACGUUACAGCAAAGUGCACGACUUUGUGUGGCGAUACACUCAACGGAAGGUCGUGUAGUAAAACUGUUCUUGUCGACAUAUAUCCAAAAGGUCAAUUUGAAAAGGCUGUCAGGGCAUAUGUUAUCAUUGACGAUCAAAGCAACUGUAGCUUGGGUACUGGCGAACUAUUUGAUAAAUUGAGUAUUUAUGGACAGACCACUCCGUACACGUUGUCGUCAUGCAAUGACCGUGCUACAAAGUUUGGUAGACGCACUAACGAUAUAUGUAUUAAAUCGAUUGAUGGUUCCACAGAGAUUGAUGUUCCUCGAGUCAUAGAGUGCGAUGAUAUUCCAAACGAACUAUCAGAGAUACCCACUCCAGACGUGGCAAGAGCGUAUAGUCAUCUGAACCACAUUGCGGAUACAAUUCCUAACCUACAAGGAGACUGCAAGGUGCAGCUUCUUAUAGGACGUGAUGUUCCUGAAGCCCACCAUGUUAUGGACCAAGCCAUUGGAUCCCGUGGCACUCCGUUCGCUCAAAAGUUAGCGCUUGGUUGGGUUAUAGUGGGAGAGGUGUGUUCAGGGCGUGUGCACACAAACGAAGAUGUCUCCGUGUACAAGACCUACAUCAUGCCCGAUGGCAGAGGCACACACAUCAAACCAUGCCAAUUCAACCUGAAUAUAAAGGAAAAUCAAGAUCCUGAUUUUCAGUCGCUUGAUGAUACCUUGUUUGUUCGAACAGUUGAUGACGAUACGACUGGACUCUCUGCAGAAGACAAACAGUUUGUAAAACUUAUGGACUCUAAAAUGGAACGUGACCAGAAUGGCUUCUGGACUGCACCUCUUCCGUUCAAGGAUGACAGACCCGAGCUACCUAACAACAGAGCACAGGCGUGGCGCCGAGUUCAAAUUCUAGAUAAUAGCUUGAAGAACAAUUCGGUCAAGAGACAGCAUUUUGUCACCUUUAUGGGCAAGGUCAUCGAUAGCGGAGCUGCUGAAGUUGCACCCUGUGCUAUUCAACAAGAGUGUUGGUAUCUUCCACUAUUUGGCGUCUACAACCCGAAGAAACCUGGGCAGAUAAGAGGUGUAUUCGAUUCGUCGGCAGUCUACCAGAAUAUCUCAUUGAACAGUGUUCUCAUGUCAGGCCCUGACAUGAUAAACAGCCUGCUAGGAAUUCUUCUCAGAUUCCGUAGAGACGAAGUCGCUGUUUCGGCCGAUGUAGAGCAGAUGUUCUAUCGCUUUCGAGUCACUCAUGAGCAUCGUGAUUUCCUUCGUUUUCUGUGGUACAGAGAUAAUGAUCCUGACAAAGAACUCAUUGAAUAUAGAAUGUGUGUUCACGUAUUUGGAAACUGUGCUUCCCCAUCUGUUGCUACAUAUGGUCUACGCAAAGCUGUACAAACUGCUGAAAAAGACAUUCAAAAUCUGGUUAACAAGGACUUUUAUGUAGAUGACUGUUUAACGUCUAAGCCUACUGUUGAUCAAGCAAUAAUUACAGUGAAAAGAACUCAGACAGCUUUACGUGAUGGUGGAAACAUUCGGCUACAUAAAAUUGCAUCAAACAAUGUCGCUGUAAUGCACGCCUUCCCUCAGGAAGACCUUGGAGGUGAUUUAAAAUCACUAGAUCUUAGUGUAGAUCCUCUUCCUGCCCAGCGAAGUCUCGGAUUGGCCUGGGACUUGAAGAAGGACGCCUUCAUCUUCAAUAUCGAAAUGGAAAACAAGCCUUUCACCAGAAGAGGCGUACUUUCCAUGGUGAACAGUAUCUAUGACCCCCUUGGUUUCAUCGCUCCGAUAACCAUAAGUGGCAAGAUACUACUACGUGAAGCUACACCGUCCGGUGUAGACUGGGAUGCUCCUCUCCCACCAAACCAUGAGAUGAGAUGGCUAGAAUGGAAGCAGUCCUUACAAAACACAGAGACAAUUGCUAUUCCUCGUGCCUACACUACGAUUUCCUUCAGUACAGCAAAGAAGAGUUCAGUGAAUAUCUUCUCAGACGCUUCAGAAGUAGCUAUUGCUGCAGUGUCUUAUUUGAAAGUGAUCGACCAAGUUGGUGAAUCCAGUUCUGGGUUUCUGUUAGGAAAAGCUAAGUUAGCCCCUACACAAGGACAUAGUAUUCCUAGGUUGGAACUGUGCGGCGCGGUUUUAGCCACUGAGUUAGCUGUUAUAAUAUCUAAGCAGUUAGACAUACCGAUAGCUUCCAUGACAUUCUUUACUGAUAACAAAGUGGUGCUAGGAUACAUUUGCAACGAAACUAGGAGGUUCUACACGUAUGUGAGCAAUCGUGUUGAAAGAAUAUUGAAUGUAUCUACACCAGAGCAAUGGCAGUACGUUUCAACGACCCGUAAUCCUGCCGAUUGUGCAACCAGAUGUCGACCAGUUUGCCUAGAUGUUAGCGACAGUAUGUGGAUUAAAGGUCCUCCUCUUCUGAAAGAUCAAGAGCUUCAGAUAGAGGAUAACAUCGAAGAGUCCAAGAACUAUGACCUGAUCAACCCUGAAAAUGACAGUGAGAUUCGACCUGAAGUUCUCACAAGGAAAACAGUGAACGUUGAAUCCAGUAUAACUAGCAAGUUUGAAAAGUUUUCUACUUGGCAGUCUUUGGUGAGAGCAUUCGCGCUCUUGAAAAGGUCGUGUAAAGAUCACAAAAAAGUAGCAAAACCUGAUGUGGUUACGAGUCACAUUGAAGCAGAAAACUUCAUAGUACGUAUAGUUCAAGAGAGCAGUUAUGAAGAGGAAAUUCAGUUAUUGUUGAGCAAGAGAGCUGUACCUGCAAGUAGCAGUCUGUCUACAUUGAGUCCAUUUCUAGACGAGAAAAGUGUCUUGCGUGUUGGUGGCAGAUUAACAAAGGCAGAUGUUCCGUCUAUCAGUAAACAGCCAAUCAUCAUCCCGAAGAAGUCUCACAUAGCUCUUCUUCUUGUGAGACAUUUCCACGAGAAAGUUCAACACCAAGGCAGACUACUUACUGAAUCCACUUUGCGUAACAAUGGCUUCUGGAUUAUUGGUGCGAAGAGACUUAUUUCCAGUACUAUUCAUAAGUGUGUCAUCUGCAAAAGACAGCGUGGUAAAUUUCAAAGUCAAUACAUGUCCGACCUACCUGAAGACAGAGUUACUCCAAGUGCUCCCUUUACAGUGAUUGGCGUAGAUACAUUUGGACCAUGGCACAUUGUUGCCCGCAAGACCAGAGGCGGAUUUGCAGAAAGUAAAAGAUGGGGCAUGCUUUUCACAUGCUUGAGUACUAGGGCAGUGCAUAUUGAAGUUAUUGAAGAGUUAAGCAGUUCAGCCUUCAUAAAUGCAUUUAGAAGAUUUGUAGCCAUAAGAGGACCAGUCAAAGAGGUUCGAUCAGAUCGUGGUACGAAUUUCAUUGGGGCGCUUGAUGAUCUCAAAGCCGAAGGCAUUUGUGUAGAAGAUGGACCUGUAAAGAAAUACCUUCACGACUCGAAGAUAACUUGGAAAUUCAACCCUCCACACUCGUCACACAUGGGAGGAGUGUGGGAGAGAAUCAUUGGACUCACGCGUAGAAUCCUAGACUCUAUGCUCUUGAAGACACACGCGCAAAAGUUGACUCAUUACAUUUUGUGUACAUUCAUGUGUGAAGUGUGUGCGAUUAUCAACUCCCGACCUAUUGCUUCAAUCUCUACGGACCCAGACGAUCCUGAAAUGAUGACCCCGGGAAUGCUGCUAACCCAGAAGAAGGAACCUUUGGAAGGAUUGGACUCAACCCUGAGUAUGAGGGACAUAUACAAAGCGCAAUGGAAGUACGUUCAGGUGAUGGCAAACACUUUCUGGAAACAGUGGCGUAACGGAUACCUUCAAACUUUGCAAACACGGCGAAAGUGGCCAAGUGUUCUAGAAAAUUUGAAAACCGGAGACGUUGUUCUUGUUAAGGAUGUUGAAGAACAUCGAAACCAUUGGCCAUUGGGGAUCGUUGUUCGUGUCUUCCAAAGUGGAAGUGACUCAAACAUUCGUUCAGUGGAAGUACGCAUCGUUAAAGACAAAAAAUGUGUAAAUUAUGUUAGACCAAUCACGGAGUUGGUACUCCUAGUGGAUUGA